UAAACAAUGCUAAGUACAUGAUGGAAACGGCUACUACUACUCAUCUUAAGCUCCAGGAGGAGCACACCAUGCUGGUGAAAAAGCUAGAGGAUUCAAAACUGGCUUUCCUUUCCCCAAAUCAAAAUCUGCAGGAGAUUAAGCUGAGGGAACAGGAGUUGCUUAAGCAGUGCAGUAAAUUGGAGGCGGAGAUAAGGUUUUUGCAGGAAGAUCUUGCACGUCUCAAGCCCGAAUCAGCGAAUUUGCAGCAACAAAUAGAUAAAGCUAGGAAGCGCGAACAUGAAUUUGAGGUUCUCCGGCAGAAUGAAGAGAGGGAGAAGAUAAAGCUUCUGGAGAAGGCGGAGUCGCUGAGGAGGGAAAGACAAGAAAUGAAUGAGAAGGCAAAAAUGGAGGAGGAUAAGUUGAUAGCAAAGACAGAAGAGAAUAGGGUUAAGUAUGAGGAACGCAUGAAGGAGAUAAGAGCUCGAAUCUCUGCACUUAAACUGGGGGCUGAAAGUAGUUCAAGUUCUGGGAAAGCUGAAUCUGCAGCAGAAAUGAAACGACACGAAAAGGAAUGUGUUAUGUGCUUGAGUGUGGAUAGAACAGUAGUUCUCCUCCCAUGUGCUCAUCUGGCUUUUUGUGAAGAGUGCAGUGAGCUUCACGAAAGGCUGGGAAUGAACGACUGUCCUACUUGUCGAACCCUAAUCAUGCAGCGGAUCCGUGUCCAUUUUUCUCCUCCCCGAAAGCCAUGAGAACAAGAAGCUAGCUUAGGUUAAGUUGAUAAUGGCAUGCAUGCAUGCAAUUCAAGAAAUGCAAGAUCGAGUUGGGUCUAGUGCUUGAUUGGCUGCAUGCUCAGCACUCCG